AUGUUUAAUUCUGGUUCGGCAGCAACAUCGGGUAAUACGAGUCUUUUUGGAACAUCAACACCUGUCAAUCAAAAUCGAACUUCAACUGGGUUAUUUGGUAAUACAACAACACAACCUAAUACACUUACGUCAACACCAUUUGGAUCAACAAGUUUAUUUGGAGGAGCAAGUCCGGCUAAUACAACUCUUCAACAUGGAUCAACUGGAACAGGUACAAUACAUAAAUAUGAUUCUGUUGCUGGUACAGAUAAAGUAACUAAAAAUGGUGCUCAAACACAAAUUCGUGUAAAACAUUGCAACAUAUGUGUUAUGCCAGUCUAUGAAAAGAAGUCUAUGGAGGAACUCCGUUUCGAGGACUAUAUGGAAAAUCGAAAAUUUUCUACAACAGCAACGUCAACUGCUGGAGGUCUAUUUCCAUCAGUAUCAUCUGGAACACCUUUAUUUGGUGGCUCGUCACCAGCAGUAACUUCUACAACGAAUUCAACAAAUAUUUUUGGUACAAAUACAGCACCAUCAACAUUAAACUCGACUUUUUUUGGAAAUAAUAAGCCAGCUGUAACGACAACAUCGACAUUACCGUUUGCAUUCGGUGCUCCAACAACGACAACAGCAGCAGCAGCAGCACCAUUUUCAUUUGGUGGACCGACAACAACCACAGCAAAUCCAAAUGCCCCAUUUGGUACUACAGCAGCAUCUACUACAUCGGCAUCCCCAUUUGCAUUUGGAGCUGCUCAAGCUCCAGCAGCAACAGCUACUCCAGCGUUUAGUUUUGGUGGCUCAACUUCACUGUUUCCAACAGCUACUACAACAACAGCUGGCUCAUCAUUCGGUUUUUCAGUAUCAAAGCCAACAACGACAGGCACAUUUUCAUUUACACCAUCAACAGCAGCAUCAACGGCAUCAUCAUUUAGUCUGUUUCCCACGACUACAACAACAACUACUGCGCCCACAUUAUUUUCCACACAAAAUCAAACAAUAACAGCACAGCCUGUACUAAGUACCCAAUCAUCUGUUGAUACACGAACACAUUUACAAUUAUUUCAAACAAUGCUUAAUAUACAGCCAUUUAAUAGUGAACUUGGCUUUCUUGCACGAAAUAUAAAACCAAAUAUUGGUCUUGAUCGCACUCGAAUUCGCACUGUGCCUGACUCGAACAAUACUCAUCCGUUAACUAACGUAUUUACUUCUCUUAUUCCAAAACCAUCUGUGCUCACAUCGAAUACAUCAACACCUCCACCAACAUUAGUUACCCAAUUGCCAACUCAUUGUCAUACAUUACCAUCAGUAUUGUUACCGUCGACAACAACAAAUACAUCAAUUACUUUAUUGGGUAAACGAAAACUAGCUGAUUCAUUUCUUGAUGAUGAUGAUGAUAAUUCACUAAUGAUGGAUGAUGGACCGUCAUUGUCAAUUAAUAAAAUAACUAAAACAAAUGUUCUUAAACGACCACGUAUACUCGAUAUGAAUAAAGUACGAUCCGUUGUUCUUGGAGGCGGAGGCGGAGGAAUCAUCAAUAAUGAAAUUCAAACUAAAGAAGAAAUCUUCUCUGAUACAUUUACUGUUAAACCAACAUCAGAUAAUUUAUCGGGAUGGAAAAAGUUUGCUACUUAUGAUGCAUAUUUAGCAUCAAAACAACAACAACAACAACAACAACAACCUAUUGAACCUAUAAAAGCAUCUGUUGAUGAAGACGACAAACAAAAGAAUUUAAAUGAGCAGAAAUUCGAACAAGAACGAGCUUUUCGUUUACCUAAACUAGCACAUGAUGAUUAUUAUACAAAGCCAACUAUUGAUGAAUUAAGAAAUUAUUUUAAUCCAAAAGGGCAAUGUAUUGUAAAAGAAUUCACUGUAGGCAGAGAACAUUAUGGUUCUGUUACAUUUCAAGGAUCGAAAAUUAAUUUAGCUGGUCUCGAUCUUAAUCAACUAAUUGAAAUUGGUCGUAGACAAGUAACAGUUUAUCCCGAUGAUAAAAAUAAACCAGCGGUAGGCGAAGAAUUAAAUUGUCAAGCAAUAAUAUCUUUAUUGGGCGUUUAUCCAAUUGAUCGUUCAAUAUCCAAUAGUGGCGAAGAAGUAACUGAUCCUGAUAGAUUAAUUGAAAUGAACUAUGGACAUUAUUUACGUGGCAUGACUAAAAAAUUCAAUGGAAAAUUUGUUGACUUUGAUGUUUAUACAGGCACAUGGACAUUCAAAGUUGAUCAUUUCUAA